ACAGGCAGCGGCCGCGGCGGCAGCAGCAGCAGGUGGUGGUGGUGGCCAGCAAUCUCCGGAUAAUAAGAUAGUUCGGUAUCGUCGGCGGCGGCUAGAGCGACAACAUGACAAUCAAAAACAGUAUUCUUCCGGAAUAAGCAAGAACUUAAGCUCAACGGAGACGAUCGGUUGUUGGACGAGGAUGGUGCGGGAUAUACCUAGUGACGAUUAUAAGCAGGAGGCGUGGGAGGAUUACUGCCGCGGGUUGGCCGCGGGAGUUAACAUCCGUUGUAGUGGGGCGAAUUGUUGCCUUCAGUGGUCGGUCAUCUCAGGUGGGGUCACUUUUUGAUGGUGUGGCUAAGCUGGGACCUUGACGAAAGGCGGUACGUAAGGCUGAAGAUUGUCAAAUCGUCACAGCAAUUGACCAAUACGGCCAAGGACGAGAUUCAGAUUGAUGCGGAACGCCGAUCAGAAGCGAAACAAGACGGUGCACUGCUGAACGACUUCAGGAUAACGGGCAUCAAGGGGACGCACAUCUGUCUGGUGUUUGAAGAGUUGGGGCACAGCUUGCCGAAGUUUUUCCUGAAGAGCAACUACCGAGGAAUUCCACUGCCGAACGAAAAGUCCACCGUCCGGCAAGUGUUAGAGGGUCUCGAUUACCUCAUCCACACGGACAUCAAGCCGUAGAACGUGUUGCUGUACAAGGACGAUAGUUACAUUCGCAAAUUGGAGCAACCGCCAAACAGAGUUGAUCCGGCAGCAGCUGGAGCAUCAUCCCAGCUCGAGUUUGGGCCGCGACUGGGAAACGGUGACUGUCAAGAUUCUAAAAUGGACCAGGACACACCACAGUGACCGCGGAUUACCAGCGCCUGCUGCCGAACGGUGACCGACGAGGACGAAUCCGCUGCACCGCCCAGAAGCCUUCCAGCAACCCGUCGGCCCUGACCAGUCUGGACGCGUAUACUUCCAACAACAAUGACGACGUCCUCGGCAGCGAGAAGACAUCAUCCGCAGAUUCCCCAAAGCCUGUCACCACAGCUUCCGCAAUGCGCAUCCUCCACAGCCAAAAACCACCCUCGACAUCAGCGAGUCCAGGCGAAAAAUGUUGUCCCACGUUAUGGAACGUAAGGACCCUGCCUUGCACCCGGAUUACCUACGGGAUGAUAGCCUCGCCUGCACGAAAGGCACAACCGAAACAAAUCGUGCCCACCGUGAAACCUACGCCGGUUGCUGGAUGCUAGCCGAGAAGACUUAAUGCAGAACGUACAGUGAUGAAGAUCGCAACGACUAAACAGUUCAACUAAUUCUGCAGGAAACAUAAGACAUGACCAUUAAAAACACACACUUCUGGA